ACAUAUAUAUACAGUUUUUGACUUUGAUUUGUUCUUUCUUUAAACUUCCACACAAAUCUCUCUUUGCAUCACUCUCAAGAUUUCAUCUUCCCCCAUACUGUUCAAAUCCUAUAUAAAAAUCCCAGACAAUCUCCACUCAACUUCCCUUUCAGCUCCAAAACACAAAAAUGGAGAAAUUCGUGUCCAAUCCUGGAGAUCCUUCCAUGGAUUUCCCUCAACAUUUCAGGUGCCCCAUUUCCAUGGAGCUCAUGAAGGAUCCUGUCACGAUCUCCACAGGGGUCAGCUACGAGCGACGAAACAUCGAAAAGUGGUUCCAUGUCUACAAGAGAAGAACAUGUCCCGCCACAAUGCAAUCCAUCGAAACCCUGGAAAUGACUCCGAAUCACACCCUGAAGAGAGUGAUCGAUGCAUGGCUGGACUCGCGGGCCGAUCACAAGCCUUCUUUUUCUGCCAAGCACGAUGAAUUGGAGAUGAUUCUUGGGACGAUGGAUUCGACCCCGUUUAAGGUGAGUUCCUUGAGAAAACUCAGGUCUCUCCUGAAAACAGGAGAUGAUGUGAAGGAAGAUUUUAGGAAAUCAGGCGGGAUGGAGCUGCUUGUCAGGAUAAUGCUGCAGAUUUCAGUCGAAAACCAUGAUUUUCUGUCGACGUUUAGCGCUUGUGAGGAGGCCUUGUUGGUUCUCCACCAGGUCCCGUUUUCGGCAGAUGAUGACGAAAUCCUCCAGCUCCUGAUGAGACCAGACUGCAUGAGAUCCAUGGCAAUCAUGCUCCAGAGGGGCAGCUCGGAAGCCAGAUUCUGUGCCAUUUCGAUGUUUCAGAAAAUGGCGAAAGCCGAUGCUCGUCGCUGGAAAAGCGUUGCACAGGAUCACGGGAUUGAUUUCUUCAAGUCCCUGAUGGAAACUGUAUCGGAUGAUCAAAUAUGCGCGAAAGCAAGUUCUUCUGCUCUAAACCUGCUGACAGAAACCCUGGAAUCGUCGAAGAAAUCUAGGUUGAAAGCCGUCGAAGCUGGAGCAAUCUGCACGCUGAUUGAGCUUCUGCCCGAAUCAUCAAACAGGUCAAGAUGUGAGAAAAUCAUGCAGCUGAUAAAGCUGCUGUGCGAGUGCGCUGAAGGGAGACUGGCCUUCAUCGAGCACGGACUCGGGAUCGCGGCGGUGUCGAAGAAAAUGCUGAACGUCUCGAAUGCGGCGACCAAAAUUGGGGUGAAGAUCUUGUGGUUGGUUUCGAGUUUUCACCCGACGGAGAGGGUCCUGGAGGAAAUGCUGGUUUACGGGGCGGUGCAAAAGCUGGUGGCGCUGCUGAAUGUUGGCGGCGGCGGGGGGCGGGGGACCACCAGGGAUAGGGUGGUUAGAAUCUUGAAGCUGCACGGCGGGACGUGGCGGCGGUUCCCUUGUUUUCCCGGUGAGCUGAAGAAUUACUUGGGGCUGGGGAAUGAUUCUUGCUGAAGGCAAGGCGAAUAUUACUGGAGACAGAGAGAUGAAUACUUAUAAUAUAUUUAUGAAUAUUGAAUAUAUACAUGUAAUUCUUUGUUUAUUAUAAAUGCUAAAUAAAAGUAAAAGUAGCAGGUUAGAGUUGAAUUGUAGCAAAUAUAAAAAAAUGUCCCAAAUCCCAAUUUAAGGUACAAUUAUUACGCA